UGGUAAUUACGUUUUACGUAUAACAACAUAAAAAUAAAUAAAUGACAAGAGGAACGUAAACGUCACUUGGACGGCCAUGAAUGAUUUAUAUGUUCAUCCUUAUCGUGACCUCAAAAACUAACAAAAAACUAGUUCCACAAAACUCCAAAAGAAAAGAAUCUGACCCAUUCAUAUACAUUUCACAAACACUAUCAUGCCCACCACACGAUUUACCCAAAGCAUAGAGAGAGUUAGGAGAGAGAAACAAAGAAAGAGAGAAACACAGAGAGAAGCAAUCGAAAUGGAGAAUGUGGAAGUGACAUGGAGCAGAGAAGAAGAGAAAGCAUUCGAGAACGCAAUUGCGAUGCAUUGCGUAGAGGAAGAGAUAACAGAGGAUCAAUGGAGGAGAAUGGCGUCAAUGGUUCCAACCAAAUCAUCAGAACAGAAAAGGGACCGCCGCCGACGAGGCAGCAGCAGCAACUUCUCCGGCGAACAGAGACUGUUGUUUCUUUUGGGUUUGGACAAGUUUGGGAAAGGAGAUUGGAGAAGCAUCUCAAGAAACUUUGUGAUCUCAAGAACACCGACCCAAGUAGCAAGCCAUGCUCAGAAAUACUUCAUCAGACUUAACUCAAUGAACCGAGACAGAAGACGUUCCAGCAUUCACGACAUCACUACUGUGAACAAUCAAGCUCCUGCGGUUACAGGAGGAGGAGGAGGACAACAACAACAACAACAACAAGUGGUUAAACAUAGACCAGCUCUUCAACAGCCACAGACGCAGCCGCAGCCGCAGCCGCAACCGCAUCAUCCGGGUUCAACAAUGGCUGGACUAGGGAUGUAUGGUGGUGCACCAGUUGGACAACCAAUCAUCGCACCGCCUGAUCAUAUGGGUUCAGCUGUUGGAACACCUGUGAUGCUUCCACCUCCAAUGGGAGGUCAUCAUCACCAUCACCAUCUUCAUCAUCAACAUCUUGGUGUUGCUCCUUAUCCUGUACCGGCUUAUCCGGUUCCACAAAUACCGCAGCAUCAUCCAGCUCCUUCGACUAUGCAUUGACAAACACAGUUGGUGUAAAACUGACCGUAUAUUCUCAAAUCGAAUAGCGGAAAAAAAAACAAAAAACUGAGAGACUGAAACGAGCAGCAAAUAAUGUACAGCAGCGUUUCAUUUUUGUCUUUUUACAGCGUUUUAUUCUUAAAGUUUGUUGUUCCUGGUUAAUAAUAUAUGCAUAUAUAUUAGAUAAUCAAAACUUGAGCCAAAUUUGUAAGUGAUAUAAUUUUAAGUAGGAGUCUUACAACAGAAGAUUACCCCGUUUUUUGUUAAAACUUUUUAAGUAUGAGUCUAAUAAUAUGAGUUUGAAUCCCUUAUCCAGAUGGUGACAUAAAUGAUUAAGAAAAAUUCUUUUUCU